UUAUUUUCUUGACCAUCUUGUUAUUUUGUUACUGUAUUAUCACUUCCACUACUGGUUUACAGUCUUUCCCACUUCAAGAUUCACACUGGGUUUUUGCUUCCUACUAAAAAUAUUAAGGGGUAAAAAGGUAAUUUCACAAGAUGGCAGGAGGAGGAGGAGGUGGUGGAGGAAAAGCUGCUGAUGAACCAGCACCACACCCACCAAAAGACCAGCUUCCAAAUGUUUCUUAUUGUAUCACAAGUCCACCUCCAUGGCCCGAAGCUAUACUCCUCGGUUUUCAGCAUUAUAUAGUAAUGCUUGGUACAACAGUUCUCAUUCCUACGGCUCUAGUUCCUCAAAUGGGAGGUGGAAAUGAGGAGAAAGCUAAAGUUAUUCAAACUCUGCUUUUUGUUGCUGGAUUGAACACGUUGCUGCAAUCUCUGUUUGGAACUCGGUUGCCUGCUGUUAUUGGGGGUUCAUAUACUUUUGUUGCCCCCACAAUCUCAAUUAUCUUAUCUGGCCGAUGGAAUGAUCCAGAUCCUAUUGCGAAAUUCAAGAAGACAAUACGUGCUAUCCAGGGCGCUAUGAUUAUUGCUUCAACGCUUCAAAUUGUUCUUGGUUUCAGUGGCCUCUGGAGAAAUGUUACAAGAUUCUUGAGUCCACUUUCAGCUGUUCCAUUGGUUGCUCUUGCCGGUUUUGGGCUGUAUGAAUUUGGAUUCCCCGGGGUCGCUAGAUGUGUUGAAAUUGGACUACCUCAGCUCAUAGUGUUAAUUUUUCUGUCUCAGUAUUUAGCCCAUCUAGUACAUUCAGGAAAAGAUAUUGUUGAUCGUUUUGCUGUUCUGAUAUCGGUUGCAAUUGUUUGGAUCUAUGCUCACCUACUUACAGUUGGUGGUGCCUAUAAUCAUACGCCACACAAGACCCAAAAUAGCUGUCGGACUGAUCGUUCUGGAUUGAUUGAAGCUGCUCCCUGGAUUAGAGUUCCGUAUCCCUUUCAAUGGGGUGCACCCUCAUUUGAUGCUGGUGAAGCCUUUGCUAUGAUGAUGGCUGCUUUUGUUGCUCUUGUAGAGUCCACCGGCGGGUUCAUUGCGGUUUCAAGGUAUGCAAGUGCAACUCACAUGCCUCCAUCUAUUCUAAGCCGCGGUAUUGGUUGGCAGGGAAUCGGCAUUUUGUUGUCUGGAAUUUUUGGAACAGUCAAUGGAUCUUCAGUAUCUAUUGAGAAUGCUGGACUUUUGGCAUUGACCCGUGUGGGAAGUCGAAGAGUGGUACAGAUCUCAGCUGGAUUCAUGAUUUUCUUUUCGAUUCUUGGGAAAUUUGGAGCAGUUUUUGCUUCAAUCCCAGCUCCAAUCAUUGCUGCUCUGUAUUGCCUUUUCUUUGCAUACGUGGGCUCAGCUGGUCUAAGUUACCUGCAAUUCUGCAACCUCAACAGCUUUAGGACAAAAUUCAUCUUGGGGUUUUCCUUCUUUCUGGGAUUGUCUAUACCCCAAUACUUUAAUGAGUAUGAGGCUAUUAAUGGUUAUGGGCCUGUCCACACAUCUGCAAGAUGGUUCAACAACAUGGUCAACGUUCCUUUCUCAUCUGAAGCCUUUGUGGCUGGCAUUUUGGCUUAUUUUUUGGAUAACACCCUGCACAAGAAAGAUGGUGCUAUAAGGAAAGAUCGUGGCAGGCAUUGGUGGGAUAAGUUUCAUUCUUACAAGGCCGACUCACGAAGUGAAGAGUUCUAUGGAUUACCCUUCAAUCUCAACAAAUACUUCCCAUCUGUUUGAAGUCAAAAGAGUGCUACAAAUUGCUUCAUUGAUGCUGUUUUUUUGUUAAAUAUGGAACUAGUCAUAUGCUAAAGUAGUACAAGUUCAAGUCAAUCCUCAAAUGAUUCUUAGAAACAUUUAAUUAAUUGUCUUUUGUUACUGUAAAUUUGACGUGCAAUAUGGAUGUUAAAGAGAGAGGAUUGGUUUUGUUGCUAUCAAAAUCGCUUCCAAACUUUUGUGCCA